UGCAUUAAUAAUCUACAAAAUAAGAAGGUCGCACUUGUCUAUGUAUGAAAACAUUGAAGACUUCUUACAGAGUCCAAACAAUCUCAUGCCAGUUAGGUACGCAUACUCAGACAUAAGAAAGAUGACCAAUAAUUUCAAAGACAAAUUGGGUGAAGGAGGCUAUGGGACUGUUUUCAAAGGAAAGCUUCGGAGUGGUCCACUGGUAGCGGUAAAAAUGCUGGGCAAAUCCAAGGCCAACGGGCAGGAGUUUAUCAGCGAAGUCGCUACCAUAGGGAGGAUUCACCAUGCUAAUGUGGUAAAACUGAUCGGCUUCUGCUUUGAAGGCUCCAAAAGGGCUCUUGUCUAUGAAUUCAUGCCUAAUGGAUCUCUUGAGAAAUAUAUCUUCCGAAAAGAAACAGAGACAGCAUCCCUGAGUUGUGAAAAGCUGUUCGACAUUGCUCUUGGGAUUGCUAAAGGAAUUGAUUAUUUACAUCGCGGCUGUGAGAUGCAAAUUUUGCAUUUUGAUAUCAAGCCUCACAACAUUCUUCUAGAUGAGCAUUUUGCUCCUAAACUUUCUGACUUUGGACUUGCAAAAUUGUAUCCAACAGAGAAUAGUAUUGUGUCCCUGACAGCUGCAAGAGGUACGUUGGGAUACAUGGCCCCAGAGUUGUACUACAAAAAUAUUGGAGGAGUCUCGUACAAAGCAGACGUAUACAGCUUUGGAAUGCUGCUGCUGGAAAUGGCUGGGAAAAGGAAAAAUCUGAACCCUUUAGUGGACCAGAGGAGCCAGAUAUACUUCCCUUCAUGGGUUUAUGAUCAGCUGAGCAAAGGAAACAGUAUUGAGAUGGGAGAUGCCUCAGAAGAUGAAAGAAAGAUGUUGAAGAAGAUGAUCCUGGUAGCAUUGUGGUGCAUACAGAUGAAGCCAAUCAAUCGCCCUUCUAUGAACAAAGUCACAGAAAUGCUUGAAGGAGAUGGUGAACUCUUAGAAACGCCUCCUAAGCCAUUCCAAAAUCCAGACGAAAUGCCUGCACCUGAGGCUGAGGAUGGUGGAAAUGAUGCAGAAGAGACCACUGAUUUCCCACAGCUACAACUAGAUCGUGUAGAUUCAAGUGAUAUGAGUAUGGAUCGAGAUUAAAGUAAAUCCAAGUGUCAUAGAAGUCUUUCUCUUGGACAAAGACAAUUAUCAUUUCUUCCUGA